AUGUCGAUGCUAUCAACCCCUUCGAGAAAGAAGCCAUCAUCUGCCUCUUCUCUUAAAAAGGAGCCUUCUAUUGGUAGUAGUAUUUCAUCUUCUCCUUCCCUUAAAUUUCCUCCUAUUCAUAAGAGAUCUUCAACCUCUCAGGGAAUUAAUUCAAGUAGGACAAGACCUGGCAGUGUAGAUUCAACAAUAUCAUUGUCGGAAUCUGUUUCUUCUGUUAAGAGUUCUUCAUCCAAUGGUAGCCAAGAUCAGACAAUUGGUACCUUCCUUACAUCGUUGCCUUCCUCAAAGUUGAGAAAGAGGGCAGUCUCAUCUGGUGGUACUACAAAGAAAUUGAGUGGAGUUGAAUCAAUACCAUCCUCUCUCAAUUCCUCUCUUAAUUCAUCUCUUACUAGCUUGGAACAAAUUCCAUUGAGUAAUAAUGUUGGAGUUAGCCGAUCGGAAGUCUCAACACCAGUUACUAAGUUUAUUGAGGAUGACAAUCUUUCGAUGUGUAGCGAUUCAUGCAUUGAAGAUAUGAAGGAUAGAAUGGAAGACAGUGAUUUUUUCGAUUUAAGGGAGAGUUUGCAAAACCUCAAAAAUAUAAUUCCCAACUUUAAUAUUGAUCUUGAACAGACUCAAAUUGGGGAUGAAUUGGAGUUGGAUGAUAUUUUGAAUACUAAUGAUGAGCUGAUGGAUGUUGUUUGUAUGAAUGAAACUAUUUCAACAGAUGCAUCAAUUACUUCUUUUAUCAGUUCUAGUGAUAAGAAUGAAUCGAUGGAACAAGAAGCUACAAACACUGAAGAAAUUAAUGACAUGAUUUCAGAAAUAACAGCCCUCUCAGCAAGAUCCAAAGAAAGUAAUAUGGUAUCGGAAGCAACAGAGGGUGAUAUCUCUAGAAGUGAAUUUGUAAAUAUUGGAACAGUCUAUGACAUGUUGACCAACAGAUAUUCUUCUAGACCUAGUUCAGUUGCUGGUUCCGUUGGUGACUCUUCUGAUGUAGACAUUACUGAAAUUAAAAAGGAUGAAAUUAGGAAGGAAUUAGAAGAAUUUGUUCAAGAGGUAACCUCAAGAAAAAUAGUUAUUGACACAGAAGACGGACAAGUGGAUGUGAUUCUUCCACCUGACUUGGAUAUUUUAACAAAAUCUGUAAACACUGAAAUUUUUGAGAUGAGAGAUGAUGUCAUUUUCCAUUUAGCUCAAGCUAGUGCUAUCACCACUGAAGAAGCUUACGAGGAAAUUAAGGAAGGAGACAUUUCUUCAGAUUACAUGAAGAAGAUACAUAAAUUAGACUUAUUACUCCAACAGAAAGAAGUUAAGGGAAAGCCAUUGAAUGAAAGCAUAAGGAUUAUUGUGGAAAGGCAUAAAUCUGAGAAGGAAAUUCUAAAGAAAACCAGUUUAAUGAAAUUUGUAAGAGAAUCAAACAAAAAUCCCACAGAAGCUCUUGAUUCCUCGAGACGAAAAAUCUCAUCAAACCAUUCCCUCAUAAGAGGAGACUCUGCCAAAUCUGGUAUAACAAGAAAAAAGCUUACACCAAGAGCUGAAGAAAAUACGUUUUUGAAGAAAAAUCAAGAAAUGAAAGACGAUGCUGUUUACUUUACCUUGACUGAUGAGGAAGAAAAGAGACUUAUUGAAAUUAUCAAAGAAGAUGAUCCUCCAGAAGGGAUUCCAUAUGGAAUGGGUUUUGAACCAUCAAAGGAUGAAAUUCAAAAAUUAGAAUCAAUAGAUGAAAAGCUAAAAUCAAUUGUGCCUGUAGAGAGAAGGUAUUUAUUUGAAAUCCAUGAAAGCUAUGAGCAAGGAGGAUGGACCUCUCUGAACAAAACUGUUCAGGUAACCAAACAAGAGGAAAAAGCUGAGAAGGGAGACUAUGUAAGGGAGGCAAGACUUGAAAGAGAGCACAAAAACAAGUUAAAUGACAUUGAGGAUCGUUUGAAUCAUCUGAGAGAGCUUCCAGUAAUUCCACUCGGUAGAGACAAACUGGAUGAUUUAUUGAGAAAGGCAAGAAUCGAGAAUGAAAUGUUUGAAAAAAGAUCUGUCAAUUCACAGUAG